AUGACUCUAAAACCUGCAAGAUUGAGGUUCUUUGGUCGCAUCUGGCGCUCAGCGAGGAGAAAGGCAACUUCAAGGUCGAAGAACGUCUCCACGCUGAAAAUGAAUUCAAGUUCCACUACCACCAGCUGCAAUUCGUCCAACGAAGCCAUAUCUUGCACUGCCCCCAUGCCGCCAUCCACCCCAUUUCUCGACAUUCCCCCAGAACUCUACAUGAUGGUCUUCGACCACCUGGACUACGACUGCCUCCUCAAGCUCGGAGCAACAAGCAAGCAUUUCCAUUCUAUAGUCAGUCGCGAAAAGGUGGUAGCGGCUCUCUAUCGAAGGGAGGACGCCAUCCCGGACCCUUCCCGCAUCCGGAACGAGAAAAUAGGCUGUUUCCAAUGCUACAGACUACGCAGCGCCUACUUCGAUUUCGACGAGAGAGGCAUCCAACCAAAAUAUCUUGCCGACGGCGAACAAGCCGGUCGACGCCGUUGCCUAAUAUGUCUUAUGCCAAGUUCUCCACUGGUCAAGGAGAAGCGGGAUAAGCGAAGUGCCGAAACACCGGAUCCUGGUCAGCCGGACAAGCAGCCAUGA